UGAGCUCCAAGCCGUCUGUCGUCCUUGUCUUCAAGCCCACCAGCCCGACCUCCGCAGCCGCUCGGCGCUCGUCACAUCGAUCUCCAAACACACCGCCGCAGCGAUUGGCGGAUCCAACAAAUCGCUCUCUCGAAUCGAGGAUUUUGCCUAGUAUGAUGGCGGCACCACCCUUGCUGCGGCGAACAUCGUCGUCUUCGCGUCUAUCCUCGCAGAACUACGUUCGCAGUCCAGGCCACGCUCAAGAGUCGCCUCGAGCGAUGAGCAGGAGCUUUUCCAACAGCUCCAAUGGAAGAGAUCCCCUCGAAGACCUUUUGGCUGCCGCUGCCGCUGCAGCUGCUGCAAAGAGCGUUAGUCCCCCGGGACCUUCUAGCCAGCCCGCUAGCAGCACGAGCCCAGCGGAAAGCUUGCCUAGCCUAGCUCAAGCCCUCGGCACGAUCCCAGCGCACGAUCGCCAUUCCUUCGGUAAUGUUGUAGGGGCAGCGCAUUCUCCACAUACUGUUGCGCCGUCGCGUGGCCGGGAGGAGCAAUGGUACGCAGAGACGACUGGGACGUACCCAUCAUCCAUGGUUGCAGGCCCAAUGAACGCUUUUCAAGGUUCCAACACCUCCGCCUAUCCGUUUCCUCGUCCAUACACCUCGCAUUCUACACCUUUUCCCCUCGCCUCGGGCUCCGACAGCGCAGGAGCAUCGCUCAGUCUCGCGCAGCCAGGUCAUUCCCUCCAGUCUUCUACGAGUCAGGCGCCGGAGAAGAGAUGCUUCUAUCUGCUCAUAACGCCCUCGCUAGAGGUAUUCCAUGCGGAUCCUGCACUCGACGCUGCAGUGAUUGCUCGCCUGCGCAACGAGGAUCUGACUAAGUUGAUACACGAGGAAGAGCGCGCUCGUGCGUCGGAAGAGAUGAGGGGCGUCAUUGCGAGCAAGGCUUUGUUUGGGAGCGUGACUAGGUGAGUCGAAUUGCUAGCUGUCGGGCAGAUCCCCGCCCGAGCCUCACUGCAGCGCGCAAUGGUUUGCUGAGGCGUGUCAUGCCCGACGCAGGUGUCGAUUCUCCAAGCAACGCAGCAUCGAAAGGGUGUUGGGACGAGCGCACACGUCGAACGCCGGUAGUGGCGUGGAGGAGAGCGACUUUCUACCGGUCGACAUUGUGGUCAAUUGGAUCGGCGAGC